CGUACUGGUUAAUACUGCUGAAGCACAAGCGGAGAGAUCAACUCUUGUUCCUAGUCCACUCCUUCGACAAUGCGUCUGCUGCAUCCUUUAAUUCUAUCCCUGACAGCUAUUUCGUCUUGUGUAUUCGCGCAAGACGCAGGUACUAAUGCGCACAAGGUCAAACAUGACUACCAGAGUGAUGUUGCCCGCCUGCGCAAGAUAGUUAUCAACAGUCUUUACUCGAACAGGGACGUGUUCUUGCGGGAACUCAUCUCAAACGCUAAUGACGCACUCGAAAAACUUCGCCUCACUGCGCUUACGGAGAAGAGUAUGUGGGAUGGCGUCUCCCCUUUGAACCUCACCAUCAAAGCGGAGAAAAAUCUCGAUGGCCCGGGUGGUCGUAUCAUUAUCACCGACACCGGCAUUGGCAUGAACGCGGCGGAAUUGACAACUAACCUGGGUACUUUGGCGAAGUCUGGAACUUCUGACUUUCUUGCGGGAGCAGACGGCGACGACGCAACCGGAACUAGCAAUCUUAUUGGUGCAUUCGGGCUCGGGUUUUACAGCAGUUUCCUUGUAGCAGAUAAAGUCGUCGUCGCAUCUUUACCCCCACCAUCUUCCAAGAAUCCUAAUCCUGCCCAGAAUGUCUUCAGUUCUUCUGCAGACGAGGGAUCAUUCGAGAUAUACCCCGACCCGCGUGGAAAUACCCUCGGGCAUGGAACUGAGAUUACACUAUAUUUGAAGAGUGACGCUUCCCAUUACCUUGUGACCUCGAACCUUAUGAAGCUUGUUAACCAGCACUCUGGAUUUUCGACUGCCUUCCCAAUUUACAUCUGGUACGAGGUUGAGGAAGAAGUCCCCGAAGUAGACGAGCAGGUUAUUCUAGACGAGCAGGAAGGCAAGCCUAUUGAUGCGGACGAGGAUGAAGCCAUGGUCGAGGAAGAAAAGGAGAAGGAAUCUGCAUCUCCGAAGAUGAAGAAGGUCACGGUUGGCCACUGGGAACACCUGAACUCACAGCCUCCCCUCUGGAUGCGCGAUCCGAAAACAGUCACUGAUGAAGAAUAUGAGCUACUGUACCAGGGGACUUUCAAAGACUUCCAGAAACCCCUCGCAUGGCACCAUUUCCAUGGUGACUCGGAAUCCGGCGUGUCUUUCCGUGCACUCAUUUACAUUCCUUCGCGUUUGACCGAGGAGUUUUUCAACAAACCACUCGAUAAUUCGGCAAAAGACGUCAGGCUGCUCGUGAAGCACGUAUUCAUCACCUCUGACCUAGGUGAAUAUGGCUUGCCGAAGUGGGCUAGCUGGGUGAAAGUUAUCAUUGACGCUGACGAUCUUCCAUUGAAUGUCUCUCGCGAAACCCUCCAGUCCAGCGCUUUCCUCAAACAGAUCAAGCAAAUUAUUCUGCGCCGUCUCAUUCAGCUUUUCUCUAAAAUUGCUGAAGAAGACCAGGAAAAAUAUGCAGAGAUCACGAAGACUUAUGGCCAAGUCUUGAAACUCGCCGCGUCAGAGGACAGUAAGAACCGCGACAAACUGGCGGCCCUUGUACGCUUCAACACAAACCAACGGGAUAUCGCGUCGUUCGACUCGUAUUUGGAGAACAGGAAGCAAGGACAAAAGCAGAUUUUCUACCUCGCCGACAUGGGUAAAUCCAUCGAACAUCUGUCUCAAAGUGUGUUUGUAGAAAAGUUGCACGCCCGCGGGUACGAAGUACUGCUUCUAAACGAGCCUCUGGACGAGAUCAUGCUUCAAAGCAUCCGGAACUGGAAGGGUGUUCCGUUCCAGGAUGUAGCCAAGGCUGGACUGGACUUUGGAGAUGACACCCCAGAGGAAAAGGACGCACUCGCGGAAUUGACAGAGAAAUACGCUCCCCUUCUUGAGUGGCUGAAAAUUGAGGCUGGAGACAAUGUUAAGAAUGUUAUUGUAUCUAGCAGGCUCGUGACGAGCCCAUGUGCGAUUGUCGCGGACAGCAUGGGUUUCACAGCAAAUGUCCAGAAGCUCAUGAGUGCCACAAGUCGUGGGGCCCAGAAGAACGAUGCCAUGCAAGACUAUAUGAAGAAGCAGAAGGUUCUGGAAAUUAAUCCACGAUCGCCGUUGAUCGAAGGCCUCCUGGAACACGUCGAGCAAUUGAUUGCAGAAGGCGAUGCCAAAGACUUGGAUACUGAGGCACAGCUCAAGGAGGUUGCUUCCAUCCUGAUCGAUGGGGCUCUUGUUCGCUCCGGGUUUGAAGUUGCCGACUCCAACAUGUUUUUGACUCGUGUUGAUAGAGUGCUCAGACGAUCACUCGGUGUCUCUGAGACUGCACCAACAGAUAACACCGUGAAGCCAGCUCCUCCAGUUGACCCAGAGCUGCCUAGUGACAUACCCGUGGAUGACGAGAAGCAGUUCUUCAAUCUUCCUGAUGAAAUGAAAAGCAAUCAAUUUGAACUGGAGAUGGAGGAAAUUGAUGAAGAAGGCAAUGUUGUUGUUCACGAUGAGCUGUGAUGUUGCAGUAGAUCUUUGUAGCAGUUCAGGCUGGUCGAUAAUAAAAUUGAAAGUGUCUACUAGUACUACCAGAC